CUCUCUCUCUCUCUCUCUUCCUCUUCUCCCGACACACGUUUUUUCCCUUUUCACUUUUUCGUUUGUGUUAUUUUUUAACAAUAAAAAGCACUAAUGGCCAACGAACUCUCCAAGCCAAUGGCCACCGUGAGCCAAGUAUACCGCGCGGUUGAAGCCGCGUUGGACGGACGAAGACUCACCAUUGUCAAGAACAUUGUGUUCAUUCUCGUGCUUCUGAAUUACUGGUCGUUUCUUUACCGCAAGUUCCUUGUCGGUGGUCCUAUUCGAGCCAUCCAGGAUUUACAGGCUUACGUGAAGCGGGCAUUUUUCAAACAAAUGCGUCGUUUACCAGCCGUGCAGGCCAAAAUUGACGCUGAGUUGGGUAAAACGCUGAAAGAUAUGGAGCAUUCGAUCAUGUCUCGCGAGGGUGAUAAUGUGGUACAGAACGUGACACUCCCAAAGCAUGGGCUCUCAGCAGAUAAAGUACUGGAAAAUCUGAAAAGCUUCCAGGAAAUGCGGGCCUUGGAUUGGGAAGGUGGCAAAGUUUCCGGCACAGUGUAUCAUGGCGGUGAAGAUCUGACUAACCUCUUGGCUGACGCCUAUCGGAUGUAUGCCGUCUCUAACCCAUUGCAUCCCGAAGUCUUCCCUGGCGUACGUCGCAUGGAAGCUGAAUCUGUUGCCAUGGUACUGAGCAUGUACAAUGCGCCAGCAGAGGGCUGUGGCACCAUGACGAGUGGCGGCACUGAGAGUAUUAUCAUGGCAUGCAAGGCGUACCGCGAUAUGUGCAAGGAUCUGAAGGGCAUCCAUUACCCUGAAAUGGUGGUACCCGAGACGAUCCAUGCUGCCUUCAUGAAGGCCUCCGGAUACUUUAACAUCAAAUUGAUCCUUAUUCCGGCUGACCCAGUAACUGGUCAAGUCAAUCUCAAAAAGAUGGCGAGAGCAAUUACAAGCAACACAAUUAUGAUUGCUGGCUCGGCUAUCAAUUUCCCUCACGGCACCGCAGACGAUAUUGUGUCGCUGGGCAAACUUGCCAAAAAGCAUAAGAUUGGUCUUCACGUCGACUGCUGUCUUGGAAGUUUCAUCAUGCCGUUCCUCGAAAAGGCUGGUCUGCCCACUGUUCCAUUUGAUUUUAGAGUUGAUGGUGUCACAUCCAUCUCGUGUGACACACACAAGUAUGGCUUUGCUCCAAAGGGCUCGUCUAUUGUAAUGUACCGUAGCAAAAAGAUUCGCAAGUAUCAGUACUUCUUGUGCUCAGACUGGACAGGUGGUAUUUAUGCUUCUCCCAGUAUUGCUGGGUCAAGACCGGGCGCAUUGAUCGCCGGCUGCUGGGCAGCUUUGAUCAACGUGGGCGAAGAUGGCUAUCUCGAGUCGUGCAGAAGUAUAGUUGGAGCACGUCAACUCAUCGAAAAUACCGUACGAUCGAUUUCUCAGCUUCAUGUCGUCGGUAACCCUAUUGCCUCUGUCAUUGCCUUUGGCGCCGCCGAACCAAUAAACAUUUACGAUGUUGGAGAUAUGCUUUCAGAGCGUGGUUGGAACCUUAGCCCACUCCAAAACCCUGCUGCACUUCACAUCUCUGUCACGUUACCAUGGGUGCCUAGUGCCGAAAAGUUUGCACAAGAUCUCAAGGAAGUCGUAGCAGAGCUGGUUGCCGAUCCAUCAAAGUCUAAGGGAACGACAGCUGGUAUUUAUGGAACAGCUGCAAGCAUUCCAGACCGGACAAUCGUUGAAGAUGUCGCAGCUGGCUUUGUGGAUCUGUUAUACAAGGCGUAAAUGUCACUCUCCUCUCCUCCUCUCAGCUUUUAUUCUUCCCUUUUCAUAUUCAAUCCAAUGCAUCUCUCGAAUCUUAGAAGCUCAACUAAUAAUACUGUCAAUAUUCAUAUUCUUAU